GGCCGCCUAGUGACUCCGCUGCCUCGUGAGCGUGCCAGUGCCUCGUGUGGGCGUGCGUCGGCAGUGUGCGGGUGUGUGAGUGUGAGUGAGUGGGCGUGGUGGUCGCGGCCGCACCGACGAGCAGAAUUAAGUGAAGAGAAAGAGUAUUGGAAGGAAAAGAACUAGUGUGAUAUAGACGAAGAAUUAGGAAAAGAAGGAUUAGAGUGAUAUAGACGAACAGUUAAGAAAAGAAGGAUUAGUGUGAUAUAGACAAACAGUUAAGAAAAGAAGGAUUAGAGUGAUAUAGACGAACAGUUAAGAAAAGAAGCAUUAGAGUGAUAUAGACGAACAGUUAAGUAAAGAAGUAUUAGUGUGAUAUAGACGAACAGUUAAGAAGUGUGAUAUAGACAAACACUUGGGAAGAAAAUAAUUAAAAGAGUGACAUAGGCGAAGGAACAAGAAGUGACAUACAUCUUAUUUACUGUUUGGUGAUUGAUUCUGUUGGUGAUGAAGUGAUUGUGUUUGGUGGUGUUGUUGUUGCUAGCGGUGGUGACAGUGGUGGUGGUGUGGUGUUGCUACGUGACGGUGUUGCUGAGAAGGGUCUCCACAAUGCUGAAACACGUGGGUCAAUACCGCUCCACGACCUCCCUGGCCCGCGCCCCCUGCCCCGCCGCCCCCGCCGCGCGCCCCCGGGACCCCUCACCCUCAUGCCGGGCCACAGGGGGCGGGGACGAGGACUCAGCCAGCUCCCCGGAGGUCCUACGAAGGAGUCUGAGCUUACCGGGGUCCUACAGUGACUCGAGUUCACCGGAGUGCCCGAAGAGAGUCCUUGGGAGAGUUGAGGUCCAGAAGGAAGGCCUUAGACAAGUUGAGGAGCAGAAGAAGGGCGUUAGAGAAGUUGAGGACCAGAAGAAGGGCGUUAGAGAAGUUGAGGACCAGAAGAAGGGCGUUAGAGAAGUUGAGGACCAGAAGAAGGGCGUUAGAGAAGUUGAGGACCAGAAGAAGGGCGUUAGAGAAGUUGAGGACCAGAAGAAGGGCGUUAGAGAAGUUGAGGACCAGAAGAAGGGCCUUAAACAAGUUGAGGAACCGAAGAGAGUCCUUGGCCAUGCUGACGACCCCAAAAAAGUCCUUACCGAAGCUGAGGAUCUGAAGGACAUUAAACCAGGUGGCAAAGCAUCCUCAGAAGUCCCAAAUAAUAUCCUUCAGCAAGUUGAGGACCCGAAGAAAGUCCUUGAGGCCACAAAGGAAGCUAGCGUAGGAUCCUUAGAGUCCAUGACAGUUCCUGAAGCUGAGGACUCGCAGGAUGAGGAUUCGAGCUCCCCAGAAGUCCAGAAGAAGGGAAUGGCGCGUCCUUCCACCCUCCCCCGCCGCGCCAGCCCCCGCCCCCCGCAGGACCCACCCCUCACGGCCCAGCCCACGCGAAAGGGUCUGAGGUCCUCGGAGUCCUGCAGCUUGAGUUCCUCCAGCGCGUCCUUCCUCUCCCUGGCGCCCUCAAGGUCCUCCUCCACCUCCUCCCUUGCGGACCAGACCAUGACCCCCGUCAAGGUGUACCUCCGCUUCAUGCGUCCGGACAUGGAGUACAAGACGCUGAGCCUGUCCUCGGGCGCCACGUGCCGCCAGCUGGUGCUGAUGCUGCUCGCCAAGUUCCGGCUGCGGCACCGCGACCCCAACCUCUUCUUCGUGACCAUGGAGGUGACGGUGCGCGUCCCGGGGGGCGGCGCCCCCGCGCGGCGCCUGCUGGUGCUGGACGAUCAGGCGCGGCCCGCGGAGCUGCAGCAGUGCCGCCCGCGGGGCGAGGCGCGCUUCAGCGUGGGCGUACGACGCGGCGGCCUCGUGCGCGUGCACGACGGGAUCCUCAUGCCCGGGUCGCAGUACAAGUCGCUGCUGGUCUCAUACCGCACCACGGCGGAGGAGCUGGUGCAGCUGAUGCUCAACUGUUACAACAGCAAGGAGAGCCCCGCGCGCUACGCCGUGCACGAGGUGUGCGAGAAGCCCUACAGCGACCGUCCGCUGCGGCGCGACGAGUACCCGCUGCUGGUGCAGAGCGAGUGGCCGAGGGCGCUGCGGCCACGCCUCUCGCUGGUGCUGCGGCGCACCGCCGCCUACGGCAUCGGCCUGCAGCCCAGGACCUCCUGGCGCCACAGCCUCGGCCACUCUGACCACAGCACCGACACCGACUCGGAGCAGGAGGACCCCGCCCCCCGCGGCCCCUGCCCCGCGUCCUGCCCCGCACCCCGCCCCGCGCUGCCCCGGGCCUGCUCCAACGACAGCCUCCUCAGCAGCGACGCCGGGGACACCGCCCCCUCCCCCUCCUCCCCCACCUCUUCCUCCUCCUCCUCCUCCAGGGUGUCAUGUGACUCGGGGUUCUUCUCUCCCUCCUCCUCCUCCGUCGCCUCCUCCGACUCUCCCUCCCCUCCCCCCUCCCCCUCUCCCUCCUCCUUAUCUUCCUCCUCCACAUUCACCUGCACCUCCCUCCACCAGGAAGAGGAGGAGCGUCCCCCCACCCCCUCCCCCACCCUCUACUCCUCCUCCUCCUCUCUUCCACAUACUCCAUCUCCUGAAGACACUGUUGCUUCCUCUUCCUCCCUCCUCCACAUACCUCCACCACCCUCCUCCUCCAUCACCACCUGUUCAGCCUCCCACACGCCGUCCUCCCCGGUGUUCUCCAUGUGUCAUCUCCACUCCUCCACCUCCUCCCCCUCCUCCCCAGUGCCUCCACCCAGGAUUAGGCACUUACCUCCACCUUCCUCCAUCUCCUUCCCGUCCUCUCCCGUGCCUCCACCAAGGUCUAAGCACUCCUCCCUUCGCUCCUCCACCCGCUCCAUCCCUCCAUAUUUCCUCUCCUCCCUUUACCCCUCCUCCUACUCCUCUUCCUCUUCCUCCUCCUCCAUCCAGUCAAUCCCUCCACCCUCCACUGUUAACUCAUCUUUCACACCCACAUCCAUCAUCACCUCCUCCUCCUCCUCCACUUCCUCCUCCACCUCCUCCCUCCACUCAAUCCCUCCACCCUCCACUGUUACCUCAUCUUUCACACCCACAACCAUCACCUCCUCCUCCUCUUCCACUUCCUCCCCCUCCCGGCCCCCCUCCCCCCCGCCCGACCUGACUCACGACUCAGCGUCAGAAAGCAUCAAGCAGCUCACGGCCGCCCUUGAGUCACUGAGGUCGCUGACUAUUCGCUGCCCAGACUACAACUGCCUCUACAUCUGA